ACCUCUUAUACUGCAUUAUUGUAGCCCCAUAUAUCCAUGUUGGCUGUUUCCUGCAAGUCCGGUCUGCAUGGAUUGUUGGUCUGCAUGGAUUGUCAGCGUGACCAUUUCUCCUCAGAUUCAAAAAUGGUUCUUGGAGCAACCGCGAUUGAACCAUUCUUCUAACCAACCUCGAUAGCCAAUUGAUCCUGAUUCACAAAAAUUUUCAAUCAAUAAGCACCAUGAUAGCGACUUCAAACCUACAACUUCAUAGCUUUGGAAAUGGAUCCGGGCUAACGCUCAACAUCGGAAUUGUCGGUGCUGGUAUAGCAGGUUUGACCGCUGCAGCCGCACUGAGCCGCCUAGGUCAUCGUGUCAACGUCUACGAACGAUCGAGCUUUUCUAGUGAGGUGGGUGCAGCUAUCAAUGUAGGGCCAAAUGCCGCACCAGUAUUGCGGGCCCUCGGAUUUGACGUUUUCGGCGCAAAUUUCAUAGAGGCGCAAGGGCUUGUUCGAUUGGACGCCCACACCUUGGAGGAGCUGGAGCACGGGUCGUUCGAAGAUUUCAAAAACAAGUUCAAUGCGCCUUUAUACUUAUCACAUCGAGUUGAUCUACAUAACGAGCUCAAGCGGCUUGCACUCUCCGGAUCGGAUGGUUUCCCAGGAGCAAGGCUACAUCUAGCUACCCGGGUAAUAGAUGUAGACUGCGAAAAUGGAAUUUUGAAAUUUGAAGAUGGUACUACAGUCUCCCACGACGUGGUUAUUGGUGCAGAUGGCGUUCAUUCUGUCGUUGCUCAAUGUGUAUUAGGAGGCACGAUUCCUGCGAUAGAAGUCAAAAAAUGUGCUUUUCGAUUCUUGAUACCAACACAGAAGUUACUUGACAACCAUAUCACAAAGCCUCUUUUUGAAGAUGGGAGGAUCAGAAUGCAAAUAGCCACUGCACCAGAUCGAAGACUUGUAUUCUAUCCUUGCAGAAAUGGAGAAAUACAGAACUUUGUCGGUGUAUGUCCAGUACUGGGUAAAGGAAAUGAAAGUGAAGACUGGCAAUCAGGUGGUAACGUUCAAGACCUACUGGAUAUGUUUUCAACAUUCCAUCCCAUACUUGUGGAAAUAUGUCGGAAUGCGGAAGAUCUCAAGUUCUGGAAACUCCUUACUCGAUCGCCCAUCAGAAAAUGGAUCAAAGGGAAGACUAUUAUCAUUGGGGAUGCAGUACACCCCAUGCUUCCACAACAAGCCCAGGGUGCGAGCCAAGGAAUCGAAGACGCCGGUGCACUUGGUAUCUUCCUCUCAAACAUUCAAUCUCUUGAAGACAUUCCGAGGCACCUUGAGCUUGUCCAGAACAUUCGUCGAGAUCGCACUGCUGCAAUACAGCUUUUUUCUAACUUUUCACCGGACGAGCCAGAGAAGAUGGAUAAACAGGCCGAGCUGUAUGCAAAAGGGCCCCUGCCGAAGAAUCGGGCUGAAUUUCAGAAAUGGCAUUUUCAUUAUGACAUCUUAAGUGAAUGCCGAAAAGUCAUGGAUGAAUUCCAAUCAUCAAAAGCUACAGCAUCUAUGUGAUCAAUAUCGUGUAUACUACAUUUAAUAGGAUACGGAUGGAACAAGUCUAAAAUGGCGCUAUCCUUAAUUAAGUCUAGUUUCGUAAAUUGCCAACUAUUUUUUAUGCUACUCUAACUAUUUUUCCGC